GAGGGUGCGCAGCGCGCUGCCUACGACGAGGGCAGCGGGGCGACGAUGCGCGACCAGCUCCGCCUGCUCAAGGACAGGGACCACCGCUGCGUGAUUAUGGUGCGCAAGAUCCAGUCGCUCGGAUUCUCGGCCCCGGAGCUGCUCGCUGGUCACUUCGAGACCUUCGGGCCAGUCCAGGACGUCUUGGUGCCGCAGUCACAGGCGCGCUCAUGCAAGAGCGCCCAGUCGGUGGUCCGACAACGGCCCGCCCACCUAGGCUUCGUCAUCAUGGCGAGCGCGGCCAGCGCGGAGGCCGCCUUCGCGGAAGGCGCCGAGCACAUCGUGGAAGGGUCUGCGAUCAUCCUGGAACCCUUCGACGAGGCCCGCUGGCAGGCCGGAGCAGACAGGAAGUGA